GUCCCUCUUGGGGAGGGGUUGGGCAGCUCAGAUCCCUUUCCCCCCCCCCCAAAAAAAGCCCAGGAGGUGCUGAGGACUUGGGGGUGCCCCCCUAGGGGGAAGGAGACAGGGUCGGGGGAGAGGGGUGCUCGUGCAAUCGGCUCCCCUUCCUCCUCCAAGGACAAGAAAGCGGUGAAGGGUAAAGGGGGGGGGGGUUGUCCGGCUGUGGGAAGGGGGGGAUCAGGUUGAGGCGAGCGCGCCUGCGGGGGGGGGGGUGCCCCACAUUGCUCCUCAGAGGCCGCCUCCGAGCCGCCCCCCCCCCCAGCCUCCCACCCCCACGCCGUAGGGACGAAGGAAACAAAAGUCUGGGUUGGUUGCAGUUUCUCCCCCCCCCACCCCCCCCAUGGAAGAGCCUGUGACCCACGCCGGAUCCCACGCAGCCCCAUGGCUACCCAGCAGCCUGCAGAGUAGCUGAAGCGGGAGGUAGCCAAUGUCGUCCAGCAAAGGGGCGGGGGCUGGAUCUCGCCGGCGCCGGACGCGCUGCCGUAAGUGCAAAGCCUGCCAGCGGACGGAGUGCGGCGAGUGCCACUUCUGCAAGGACAUGAAGAAGUUCGGGGGCCCGGGGCGCAUGAAGCAGUCCUGCCUGAUGAGGCAAUGCACAGCGCCAGUCCUGCCUCACACGGCUGUGUGCCUGCUCUGCGGCGAGGCCGGGAAGGAGGACACGGUGGAGGGGGAGGAGGAGAAAUUCAACCUGUCGCUCAUGGAGUGCUCCAUCUGCAACGAGAUCGUCCAUCCCGCCUGCCUCAAGAUGGGGACGGCGGAAGCUGUGAUUAACAAUGAGAUUCCCAACUGCUGGGAGUGCCCCAAAUGCAAACGAGAAGGGAAAUCCAACAAGGACUCGGGUGGCGACGGGACAGGGAAGCGCCGGUCGGACAACGGCGAGGACGGGGUACGGUGGAAGCUGACGGACGAGGUGGCCCAGCACAAGAAGAAGCUGUUGCCGGCCCCACCCCCUGCGGAGGAGCCCCCCGCCAGCGCCCACAAGCGCAAGAAGGAGAAGGAGCUGCCGCCCCCCGACACGGGGCCCAAGAAGAAGUUGAAAGGCGGGCGGGAAAAACACUUGAAGAAGGCCUCCGAGCAGCCGUCGGAUGGGAACAAGCUGCAGCCGCUCCCGAGCUGGGGCCGCGUGGGGAGCGGCGACUUGGAGGUGAAAGGGUCCAUCUCCCACUCGACCAUCCACCUGAGCCAGAUCGGCCCCAGCGACCUGGAGAAAACCAAGGCACCUCAGGGACCGCUGGAGCCUUCUGUCCAGUCGGACAAGUCUCACCAGCGGGAGAAGCUGGAGCGCUUCAAGCAGAUGUGCCAGAUGUUGGAGCGCGUCAAGAACAGCAGCAGCUCCAGCUCCAGCUCCGACUCGGACUCGGACACGGACUCGCGGGGCUCGGAGGGCUCCAGCGGGGGCGGGGGCUCCAGCCGGGCCGCCUCGCCCGCCUCCCGGGCCCAGCGCCUGGCCGCCCUCGGCUUCAGCGCCAGCGAGGAGGACGAGGAGGAGGACGAGGAGGAGGAGGAAGGCCGCAACGGGGGCUCGGAGGCGGCCCGCAAUGGCAAGCAGCCCAAGGGGCCGCGGGCGAACUGUCAGGAGAAGGAGAACCACCACCGGGCCGCCAGCAGGGGGAGCGAGCGAGCCAAGCAGCAGGCCGGGGGCCGCAAGGGAGGCCGGCCGGCCGGGCAGACGGGCCUGCACAUGGUGACCCGGACUCAGUUCCUCCAGUGGCCCCUGGUGCCCUCGCCCCCCAAGCCCCUGCUGCAGUUGGAGCGGCACGUGGUGCGCCCGCCCCCCGACAGCCCCGAGCCGGACUCGCUGCCCCUGGACAGCGGCUCGGACCACGUCAUGCAGCGUGACGUCUGGCUGGCCGUCUUCCAGCACCUCAGCUACCGCGAGCUCUGCGUCUGCAUGCGGGUGUGUCGGACCUGGAGCCGAUGGUGCUGUGAUAAGCGCCUGUGGACCCGCAUCGACCUGAGCCGCCGGAAAUCGAUCACCCCGUCUAUGCUGAGCGGCAUCAUUCGCCGGCAGCCGGGCAGCCUUGACCUCAGCUGGACCAACAUCUCCAAGAAGCAGCUCAUGUGGCUUAUCAACCGGCUACAGGGCUUGCGGGAGCUGGUCCUGACAGGCUGCUCGUGGUGCUCCGUCUCAGCGCUGAGCACCGCCAGCUUCCCCUCGCUGCGGCUGCUCGACCUGCGCUGGAUCGAGGACGUCAAGGACUCGCACCUCCGUGAGCUGCUGCUGCCCCCUACAGACAGCAAGCCAGGUCAGACCGAGAGCCGGGGCCGGCUGCAGAACGUCUCCGAGCUGCGUCUGUCGGGGCUGGACAUCACGGACGCCUCGCUGCGCCUCGUCGUCCGCCACACGCCCCAGCUCGCCAAGCUGGACCUGAGCCACUGCAACCACGUGGGUGACCAGUCCGUCAACCUGCUGACCGCUGCUAACUCCCCCCUCCGCGACAGCCUCGCCGAGAUCAACCUCUCCGGGUGUAACCGCCUGACGGACCAGUGUCUGCCUCUCUUCCGACGCUGCCCGCGCCUCUCCCGCGUCGAUCUGCGCUCCUGCCGCCACGUCACCCCCGAGGGCUGCGCCCGCUUCUGCGAGGACUCGGGGCCCCCGGCCCCGCCGCCUGCCGGGCCGCCCUUCCGCUGCCCCGAGGAGAAAUUGCUGCUCAAGGACAGCUAAUAGCCGGGCGGGGCCAGGCUGCGCCAGAGACUUGAAGAGAGACCUUUUACUAAAGCCAUGCACUGAAUCCUGGGGGGGCCGGGGGCCUUCCAGGGCUGGGGGGAGCAAGGGGGAAACCCAUUCCCCCCCCCCACUGCUGAUUUGGGAGGGGAUCCCAUUUGGGGGUGUCUGGGGGGGGUGCCGUUCAGUCCUCUCUCUGCUUGAUAAGGUGGCGGGGGGGGGCUGAUUGGAGUUGGUACUGCCCCCGGGGGGGGGAUGGAAGCCAGGACGGGGUGGGGUGUGUACUGGUACCGGUGGUCACAUCCCCCCACCCCUUUUAAAAAAAAAAAGUAUCUCAAUCCCCCCGCCCCAGCUCCUCAGCGUGCUGCCUUUGGAAUUGGUCGUGUUAGUUGCCAAGUAUGUGGCUACUGCAUCUGCCCCCCCCCCCACACACCCCCUCUAUGGGGGGCUCUAGCACUGAUGGUUUAUCCCCACCCCCACACACUCUCACACUCCCCGGGGGGGGCGGGGGAGCCCCACUCAUGCCCGAUGCCCCCCCCCCCCAAUCCGCCAGCUUUAAAUAACCACUUGCGGGGGCAACGUCUGGAUUUCCUCCUGGUUUGGGGGGGGGGGCCCUCCUAAUGCCCCUCCCCCUUUUCAGCUGAGGGGGCUUGGAUCCCCCCCCCCCCCCCCGAAACUUAGACCUCCUUUUUCAAAACGGUUAUGCUUCCCCCUGGCUCCUCCCACGGGGGGGAAGGGGCGGGGCUUCGCUCGGCAGGGCAGCGGUUCUACCUGUGGAUCGGGGAAGGGGUGGGGGGCACCCUGGUCCGUUUCCUCCGUGCCCCAAGGAGAGGGGUGUCUGGCCAAUCACCCCCCCCCGAAUACGGGGUGCAUGUGAUCAGCUCCACUUUGGUUUGAGGGAUGUGGUGGGGCAGGCUGGCAGUGGGGGGCCACCCGGAUUUUGGCAGCUGGGGGAGGGGGGCAGUGGCAUCCUCUCUGUGGGGCGGCUGUUGGGGGGCGGCAGGCCACCCUUUCUUUUGAUACUUGAAACCUCCCCCCCCCCCACCGGCUAAUGCGUUACUUGAAUCGUAGCUGUAGAUUCUGCCGUCGGAGGCGAAAGACACAAAGGAAAAGGUAUUUCCCUCCCUUCCCCCAUUUUUGUUUCUGUUCAGUGUUUAAAGGCAAAAGAAAUGUUGGGGGGGGUCGUCCCCUCAAUCCCCUGGGGCAUAUCCCCCCCCCCAGCAGGGUCUUCUUGACUUUGGCCUUCCAGUGGGGGGGCGAUCUGGCAGUGCUGGGGGGCAGCAUAGAUCUGGUGGCGGGGGAUCCCUCAGCCUGACGGGGAUGUCUGUGGGGCUUGAUGGGGGACCCUCAAGGCUGGGUCUGUUUUCGGGCCCCCCCCCCCAUCAGUUGGGACGCUGGCUGUAAAGGGUUAAGAGGAAUCUGGGGGGGGUGUUCCCGUAUAGCUUCCCCUCCCCCCCCAUCAGUAACUCCCCAUUCCUGUCCAGUUCUUCCUGUUCCUUUGAGCAUCAUCCACUCCAUGCGGACCCAGGUGUCCGGGCCACUUCCCAGCCUUUCCCCCUGGUGGGGCUGGGACUUGGAUAACCCUUCCUCCCUCCCCAGGAGUCGGGGGGGAGUCCCCGCUUCUAGCCUGGCUCUGCGGUCGUUGUAAGCGGAUGUUUUUAUGGAGAAUACCUCAGGUUUAAAGCAAAGAAAGUUGAAAUAUUAGAGAGAAAAUCCCGCCAGGCAUGUUGGGCUAACCACUGCUGCUAUGGGGGCGGCAGGGGGGACGACAGAGUGGGGGGUAUUGGGAAGGUCAGUCGGGCAGAUGGGUCACAGAGACGGACGGACGGGGCGAUCCCACGGACGGAUCCCCCAGACGGACGGACACACGGCGAUCCCGCAGACAGACACCCUACAGCCGGAGAGAUUCCCUCCGAACCGAGACAGACCUCCCCAGAGCGCGAGGCGUCCCCUACCCAGAGACGCAAACAUAUCCCCGGCCCUGAUCCGCACCCACCUUCCUCCUAGGGUAACCCGGGCGCCCACGGAUCCCCUCCCACCCAUUUCCCCCGGGAGCCGAACACCCAGCUCCACCUCCCGCGGGGCGGCGGGGGGCCCACCCUAAAGAGGAGUCUCUCCCCUCGCUGUGCUGGGAAUUGCUGCAGCCAUUACAUGGCGACAGCCUUCUCGCGCGUUUCCAGGUUCCCCCCGCCCCGCCCCCAACUUCCCUCUAGCCUGACUCCAACCCCAGCCAAGGACCAAAGUUUUCCCUUUUUCCCCCCCACCCUCCCUGGGCUUCAGAAGUAACCAGUCUCUCCUCCCCCCCGCCUCCCCAGUUCUCCUGCGGGCCAGCCACUCCGUGAGCGCGCCCCUCUCUGAGCCCCGCCAGCCGCUCGGAGCGAGGGCGGACCGGACGAACACGACUCCGAUCCUGACUUCAGGGGUUCUGCGGUGUGCUCUACUGUUUGCCAUACAAAAAAAAAAAAAAAAAAAAUCAAAAAAAGAAAUUGUGGUUUUGGUCUUAAGCCUUUUUAUAUAUCCCCCCCCCCUUCCAUUUUCUUCCCCAAAAAAUGCAAAAUAAAACGGUUGGUUUUUUUUAUUA